AUGUCACAAACCAGUCCACCAAUCAAACCAAGGUCAAAAUUUGACACUGGCCUCGGAACUCGCAAGGGAGUGGUUGGUGAGCACUAUGUCAAUGAAGCGUUGGCAAGGGGUUCAAGCGAGUUCGCGUUUCCGAUGCAGGAGCUUGUUACAGAAUGGUGCUGGGGCAAUAUCUGGAAUUGUCCUAGUCUGGAUAGAAAGCAGAGGAGUCUGUUGAACCUUGGCAUGCUGAUUGCGCUCAAAAGCUGGCCAGAGGUCGGUACCGAGACAGAAAUCAGGGAAUCUAUUCUACAAUCCGCAGUAUACUGUGGAGUACCCGCUGGCCUUGAGGCGAUGAAAGUUGCGACUGCUGUCAUUGAUGGCAUGGUCGCUAAAGGAGAGCAUGUACGACAAUUAGUUGGAUAG